AUGCCCAAAGGCAACCACAGCACCAUCUGCGAAGAAGGCUUGCCGCUGCAGGCCUUCGAGGCUGGGUUUCAGCGGCGCUCUUCCUGCGACACGUGGUCUCAGCAUUUCGAGCAGCCUGUGCCCCUGGUCAGUAUCCUCGCCUACCUUCACUGGACUGGCGAGCGCCUUGCGCUGGCCGCGGAGCACCCGUCCGAUGUCCCCAAGCUCGAGAAGAUGCGUCAGACAAUCACUGAAGAGUGGUUCGGGGAUCUACCCAUGAAGAACAUCCCCUGCAUUCCGCUGGAGAAAGACCUCCUGCAGGGCUUGGAGAAGCUGAUGAAGCAGAAGACAGAGAAUUCAAGCUUGCCUUGUCUCCAUCACAAGAAGAACCCAGGGGUGCUCCCGGGCUUCGCAAAUCUGACUCACCCGCGAAUCUUCACCAGCAGUGAGCUGGAGAAGUACCUCAGUCAGGAGGACUACGGCUCUGCCAGCAGCCCACGACUCUACGGCGCCUUGCUCUUCGCCUCCGUCGGUGGCGACGGCAGCCUGGGUGCGCCAGGGCAGUGGGCUUACAGCAUCCGGCUGAACGUGUCGGCAGGCACGCAGAUCUACACCCGGGUUCCCACGACCCGGCCUCUGGACUUGGGGCUGAGGACCAAUGAGGCUUUGGUCUACCUCCGAAGGGGCUUUAUGUCCCUGCAGCUCCUGGUCGACCGCUAUGCCAUCGGCUGGCCAAGUGUUGAGGUGACCGAGGAGACUGCUCCAGUCCUGUUACACGCCAGCGGCAUGGACCAUGUGACCGGGAAUGAGACCGUCAGCACCCAAAUGAAGCUGGCGGAAUAUCUCCGUUAUGCGCCACAGUCGCUGGGCACUGUGCCGAUGCCGGUGGGCGGCGUCGUGGUGGACGGCUUCUACGAACUGAUCGCUCUCGCCUUUCCUCUGGUCUUCAUCGUCGCCUUCCUCUACACUCAGAAGAAGGUCUUGAACGAGCUGAUCUCCGAGAAGGAGUCGAAGGUCCGGGAGAGCCUGCGCAUGCUUGGGGUGGGGAGCCCGGCCAUCAUCAGUUCUUGGUAUUUGACCUACGGGAUUAUUUUUGGCAUCCUCUGCGCGAUCUUCGCCCUCACGGCCUCCUUCUAUGUCUUCCCUGGUUCCAGCGCAACGCUGAUUUUCGCCUUCUUCUGGCUCUGGUGCAUGUCGUUUCUGGCCUUUGCCUGGUUCAUCCACUGCUUCUUUAACCAGUCGCGCACAGGUGGCAUCGUCGGCAUGAUAAUCAUGUUCGCGCAGUGGAUCGUGUAUUCCUCGCAGAAUCGUGAUGGCCCGCCAUCUGAAACUGUCACUGUGCUGCUCAUGCUCAUGCCCAACGCCGCCUUUUGCACGGGCCUUGCGGUCCUGGCUAAGUUUGAAGCCGCCCGCGUGGGGGCCCAGUGGGGCAACGCCUUCAUGGAGGUAGCAAACUCGUCCUUUGCGUCUGUCCUGGGCAUGAUGUGCCUGGACAUCGUCUUGUAUACCCUCCUUGGCUGGUACCUUGACCGUGUGGUUCCCAAGGAGUUUGGUGUGCGCCUGCCUUUCUACUUCCCCUUUCAGCGGUCAUUCUGGCAGUCGCUGUGGAGUCCGGCGGCUCUGGCCGAUGCAGCCGCCACUGCAGAAGAGGCCGCUCUCAACGGCCCGGCGGCUCUCUGCGUCGGCUCGGGCGCGGCCGAGCCGGUAUUCCGGUGGCACAUGUCUGUGCUCAAGAGUCAGUGGUUUCCGCCUCUGAAGCUGCCCGCCGCAUCUCAUCCAGACUGUUUCAUGCGGACUGUGCGAGCUCCGCCUGGCUUAGAACAUGUUUGGCCAUGCCUGCCCACACCCAAGCGAGCUUCCCCGUCCAAGCAGCGGCGCGAUGUUGCCCGUGCACUGGCACGUGCACGAUAUAGUCGCAAUGCAAAGCCUCUGCCAAGCAGUCGUGAGGAAUCACUCAAGGACAAUCUUGUUGCAAUUCUCUGCGAUGGCGACACUGGCUUCAGCGACUAUUUUCGCAGCUGGUCCACACCUGUCGCCCCCAGACAGACGCGUGGGAGACACAGGGAUGUUUUUCCGCUUGCUGCUGCGGCAGUAUGGGAUUUUACUCCCGAGGCUGUUGCUUUUGGGGCUGAAACUGCACUUCUGUUGCUCAAUGGGUGCAUUGCUGCUCUCAACUUCUUGGUGGCAGACUUUAAACCUUGCAGGUUUGCUGAAGUUGCAAAGCAUACAAAGGCGCAAAGGGCGGCAGUGGAGCAUUUGGCCGCUCGGGUAGCCCGUUUUCUUGAUGAGAUCCAGAAGUGUUGCCCGCAGGGUCCGCAAUGCCAUGGAGCUUUCAACCGCUAUGAGGAGCUAGAGGCCGACAGGUAUCCGUCGUUAAACGCUGAUGUCGUGGACCUGCCGGUGGAAGCAGGUACUUGCGAGACGCAGAGCCACAUCCCUGAGGACCUCAAGAAUGUUGUGACUUCACCAGCCAAGCUUUUUGGGGGCAACGCAACAUCGCCAGUGCAGAAUUUUCCCUGUCGCAGUCCGUCUGGCAAGCAAAGGAAGGAGUACCUCAAGCUAGUUUGGCGUCAGCUGCAGUGUGGAAAGACGCGGCUGCGCCGAAAUGUCAAUGCCGUGGGAGAUGUUUUCUCUGUCCGCAAGAGCCAUGGUCGGCAACGUGAAGUUUGGAACGGUUCCAUCAUUUCCGCCUUAGCGGAAAAGCCGCCUGCGCCGCAGUACCUGGCAAAUCCGAGCUGCUUCGUGGACCUUGCUUUCUUGCCUGGCCAGCAAGUGUUUAUGUCGAAGAGGGACGUUCACACUUGCUUCGAUGUGCUCCAGGCCCCCCCAGCCAUACAACCUUGGUUUGGACGGCCUCCCGUCACCCUGGGCGAGCUGGCACAGGCAGCUGACGUGACCGUGGAACAGCUGCAAGGCUUCGUAGUGGACCGGGUUGACAGCAUCGUCAGUGCCGAGGACUAUGUUUACCCGGUCAGCACCGUGUGGCCUAUGGGCUUCAGCUGGUCGUCUUGCGUUGCUCAAGCUGCCACUGUUUCCUGCUGCAUGGAGGCUGGAGUGACCGAGGAUUGUUUUCUGACAAUGGAGCAUCCCCCUCCCCGUGGCCUCGAAGCUUGCGGAGUUGCUACGGACGACACUUUCUUCUUCCACAUGGACCGUCAGCUUGGGUUGGAAAGGCUGAACAAGCUAGAUUCCAUCAUGGAUGCAAAGGGAAUGCCGAAGAACAAGGCAAAGGAUGUCACUUUACAGCCCUGUAUGACAGCGCUGGGGUGUCAUCUGUCGGCUGCUACUGCCACGGCUGAACCUGCAACUGAGAAGCUGGUGCCGCUCUUCCUUGCUUGGCUUGAUGUAUUGCAGAAGGGGUCAGCUAGCCCCUGCGGCCUCAACCGUGCGCUUGGUGUGCACCAGUGGUUUUGCCUGCUGCAGCGCCCGCUCUUCAGCGUAUUCAACACCGUGUACGAGUUUGUGCUUCAAGAGCCUGCGACUACUUGCGUGAAGCUUCCAGAGUGUGUGUGUUCUGAGAUCGCCGUGGCUACGUUCCUCAUGCCACUCCUCGGGGCUGACCUGUCCCGUCCUUUCCUGCCUCGCCUCACGGCAAGCGAUGCGGCGCCGGAGUAUGGUUUUGGGCUAGCUUACCUUGACUGCGACGCUGCCUGCGCUGCACAUGUGGGCUCACUCGCUGAACGACGAGGUGAUUUUGUGAAGUUCUACCUUGAACCUGGUGAGGAGGCUGGCAAGGACCGCUUGGGCACUCCUCACAGGCUGCCUUUUCGGAAGCGGUCUUUCAAAGUGGCUGUUAGUGCAAGGGCCAAGUGGCAAGCCCAUUCAGGUGCUCUGGAGGCUCACGGUCUCCAGCUGGCUUUGAAGUGGCUGCUGAGGACGCCCAAGCGUUUCCACCAUCGCUUGGUCGUUCUGGUUGACGCUAAGGCCAUCCUCGGAGCGGCAAGCAAAGGCAGAACGUCGGCUCCUGGCAUUCGUGGAGUCAUUCGGCACAUCGGCGGGCUUCUUCUUGCCACAAACUGUUUGCUGCGGUUGGUUUAUGUGCCAUCAGAAUACAACCCGGCUGAUGCGCCUUCGCGUGGCAGGCAGCUUUCCGCCAAGCGCAGGGUCAGAAAGGCCUGGCGCAAGAGAACAUGA